GAUCAGUGGAAAGAGACUCAGGGAGUGUCCGGAUCACAGCUCGUGUUCUGAGGCUUAUAUGAAUUUUGAGUCUCUCCGGUUCUGAGUCGUGGACAUGGAUAGACACUCGAGUUCCGGGCCCGUCACGGUGCUGCUGCUCGCCGCCCUCACGAGCUCCGUGCUGGGCCAAAGUCAACCGGUGUACUUUGAGGUCUGCGACUCCCUGGUCCUGACUCCUCCGAAGCACGGAUCUGUCAUCACCAGCGUUGAGUGGACCCACAACAGGAACCUGGUGGUGGAGUGGGUGGAGAAUGAACUGGAGUUCUUCGGCUCGUUUAAAGGACGGACCGAACUGGACAAGGGCACCGCACAACUGACCGUCCACAACGCCACGCAAAGCGACACGGGAGAAUACAAGGUGGAGAUCAACAACCAGCUGCAGAGUCAAGUGUACAAGGCUGCUGUGAUCAAGAAGGUGCCCAAGCCCUCGGUGGAGGUGACCCCGUCAUGCAACCACACAUCCAGCAACUGUACCCUCACCUGUCAGGGAGACCCCGCCGGGACUGAGCCCCUCACCUACAGCUGGAGGAAGGACUCAGGUGAGUGGGGGCCGGAGCAGCAGAGCAUGGACCUCCUCAUCGAUGAUGUGAAGACGAAGGUAAAACAGAUAUCGUGCAGGAUGAAGAACCCAAUCAGCGAAGAGGAGAGCUACCGUCUCGAAAACCCAAUGUACCUGGAGGACGCGGGAUCUUUCUUUCGAGUCGGGCUGGCUGUAGGUAUAACCUCCACCAUCAUAGUUGGGCUCUUGGCUGGAUUUGGAAUUUGGAAGCGAGAAGACAUCAAGAAAUUGUUCUUGGCAGAUUCAGAAACUGAAUCUUCACAGGAGGAGUUGUACAGGUAGAAGACGAAGACGUCAACUUUGAAAGACGAGGAGGUUCCAGAGCUUUGGGUGAUGAGGGCUUUACAGUAACAAAAGUACUUUUACUUUGAAAUGAAAUGUUGAUGUGUGAGGUGGAGUUAAUUUUAAUGACAUCACAUGCUUCAAUUUAGUGGUGAAUUCAUAUCUUAGCAGACACGUUUCCAUGGACACCAAUAUUCUGACAUUAACCAGAAUAAGGCACUGCAUGUAAAGGGCAUGCUCUGAUGAAUUGAACCUGAAUGAGAUCAUACUCAGACUUAUCAAUUAUCAAACUAAGAACUAUGGAGAAUUCUGACUUCGGCCUAAUUAUGUUUAUGUGUUAAUCUCAUAAUGUCCCAUUGGAGGUUUCACAGCAUUUUGUGUCAUCGACAUGCGACAGUUAACGACUGAUGACAACAUGUGUCCUGGAUUUGAGUGUAAACAAGAUUGAAAAACAAAGAGCAUUGUAAAGUUUGUUAAAACCAGACAGAAAACUCUCUGAAGGGUAAAUGAAAGUAUCGGGCAUUAAAUAAUUCCAGUUUGGAGUUUUAAAAUUCUAUUUGGAAUGUUAGACAAAUGACAUAGUGGACUCAAUGUUGACAUGUGACAUCAUCAGUUUAACAAGUCACGAGGAUUAUGAAUGGAAUAUUCUAUUAGCAACGAGUGUCAACAUUAUAUUUAUAUCAUUGUCUUAUUCUGAAUAAUGCCAAUAGUCAAUGUAUUGGUGUCCAUGUAAACGUAAGUACUAAUAUAAUAACUUCCUAUUUGAUAUGUUGAUGGAGUAAUAAUCAGAUUAUUAUUGUGAUGAAACUGGAAUUACUACUUCAAAGUUGUAAUCCUGAGUAAAUGAUCUUCAUUACCUUCCACCGCUGCACAACUAUGACUGAACCAUGUACACCAGGGGUUCCCAAAGUGGGGGUGGUCGCGAGACACAGAGGCGGGGUCGCGAAAUGCAUUCCAAAAAAAAAAAAUACAAUUAUUUUUUUUUUAUAUAAAAAAUAAUUGUAUAAUAUAUACAUAAGAGUUGAUAUUAGAAUAAAACCAUGCAAUUGUAGCCGAGCGUUUAGUUGUUGUAUUGAAUAAGGCCUCAGCCUAAAGAAGACACAGGAGACAUAGCAGCCGUUUAGUACAGCACAUCCUUCCGGUAAAACCCCUCUUCAAAAUAAGAGUCACUAAAUAAAAUAGCUUACACAUUUCCCAUCAGUUUUUUUCUUUUUUCUCCCCUUUUUUUCCUCCACAAAAAAAUCAUUUCCUUUUUUUAUCUUACGACACAGGUUAGCAACAGUUCAAUUUACAGCAGCACCAGUCACACGGUAGCUGGCCAAAACUCUUUUGGAAAGCAGCUGAAAAUUAUUGACAGUCACAAUGAAACGUUGGUUAAUACCAACCAAAUCGAGGAGGCCACAGGAACAGGACAGGCUAGCGGAGAAGGAGAGGCUACCUGAGCAGACAUGCACAAGCAUGCACGCACGCACGCACGCAUAGUGCAUGUGCGUGACUGUGCGCAACAUUAUAAACCACCUCCAGUGUCGUUGGGGGUCCCCAGUCUCUGGCACCGUUAUUUUGGGGGUCGCAGGCUGAAAAGUUUGGGAACCCCUGAUGUAAACUAAAGGUGAAAAUAGUUUCUGGCUCAUUAUGUGCAAUCUCAUGUAUGUUGUUAACUAAUGUUUCUUCAUUUGAUCAAUUUUUAUCCUUCACUCGAGGCAGAAUAAUUUUUUUUUUUUUUAAAACCUCAGUUUGUAGUGAGUCAGAAUCUUUUUCAGAUUAUUUUCCCCAGAAUAUGCACAUACAGGGUCAAUGUGAAACAUUAAGACGCAUGUGUGUGAUUAAAUUCAACAAAGUCAUUAUCUAACUAUCA